GAGCUCUCCGCGCCCGACCGCGUUUAGCCUGACCGAAGCUAUUGUCUGCGAGUAGAGGGACAGAGGCAGAUCUGGGCGGGCACUUCUGAACGACGUUGUGCUGAUGUAUGAUGCUAUCACGCAGAAUAGAGCGAAAAAGAAGGGUGGGGGAGUUUGCUGGAAUGAGCUGUGUGCUCGCUGCUACACCGUUUGCCCGCAGCGAACAGCCGGUGGAUCAGUCAACCGGCCCGUCGUAGGAUCCGCCAGACGCAUCUGUCGGCCUGUUUGCCUAAACGACUACAGCCCUGCGUGGUGUUUUAGUGUUUUAUUGAAUGGAUGCCGCCCAAAGACACAGGGGGAUUGACAGGAAGGAUUUCCAGUGAUCAGCCUGUGUUUGUGUGUGUGUGUGUGUGUGUGUGCGAGUUUGUGGGACAUGAUUAACUGAAAGGACUGGGGCUCAGUUCGUCACCGCCUUGAAAGUACAUUGCUCUGUGCUAAAAACAACACAAAACAUAAAUCAUCAUUCUUUAUUCACACUCAGAUGCCAGGCCAAGCAAAUUAAGUCAAAACUCCUAACCUCACGUAACCUCUCUCUCUUUCUCUCCCUCUCUUUAUGUCUCUGCUUGACUGCUUCUCUCUCUCUUUCCCUCUUACCCUCUGUGUCUAUUGCUUCUCUCUCUGUCUCUCUGUCCAUCUGUGUUUCAGUGGUGGUAACAUGCUAACAGGACAGAGGUUCUGCCACUCCAAGGCCCACCAGGACUCUGUCCUCUCUGCCCUUAACCAGCAGAGGAAGGACGGCCUACUUUGUGAUGUCACGCUGGUGGCCGGGGAGCAGAAGUUCCACGCCCACAAGGCAGUGCUGGCCGCGUGCAGCGAUUACUUCCGGGCCAUGUUCAGCCUCUGUAUGCUGGAGAGCGAGGCGGAUGAGGUCACCCUGCAGGGCGUCACUGGCGUCGGACUGGAGCACGCACUGGACUUCGCCUAUACGGGACAGAUCAUGCUGGACCCAGUGGUGAUUCAGGACGUCCUGUCCGCAGGGAGCCAUCUCCAGCUUCUGGAGCUCCUGAGCCUCUGCUCUCACUACCUCAUACAGGAGCUCAGCAAGGUGAACUACCUGGAGCUGUACCGCGUGGCCGACCUGUUCCACCUGCCCGCCCUGGAGGAGGCGGUGGUGGGCUUCCUGGUGGACCACCUGUCAGAGCUGAGCCGCACACGGCCCGACGAGGCGCUGCAGCUGCCCUACCGCCUCCUCAGGGAGGUGCUGCGGAGCGACCGCCUCACCUCGCUCAGCGAAGAGGAGAUCUGGAAGCUGGUGGUGCGGUGGCUGGAGCACGACUGUCGCUACGGCUACGCGGAGGAGCUGCUGCAGCAGGUGCGCUACGGCCUGAUGGAGGUGGGCACCCUGCAGCAGCUGUCCCGGAGCCACCCGCUGGUGCAGUCCAGCGCCGGCGCCGGCGCCCUGCUGGAGGAGGCCCUGGACUACCACGCCGCCGUGUUCGCCCAGCCGCUGCGCCAGUCGCCGCGCACCCGCCCGCGCUUCCAGUCGCUCACGCUCUACAUCAUCGGCGGGCGCAAGCGCGAGACCAGCCGCGUGCGGGAGCUGCGCUACUUCAACCCGGCGGCGCGGCCGGAGCAGGGCCGCGGCAUCGUGGUGGCAGCCGGCGGUGGCGGCGGCGGCGUGGGCUCCAACUGGAGCGAGCUGGGGGCCAUGCCGGCCGGCCGCAGCCACCACUGCGUGGCGGUGAUGGGCGACUUCCUGUUCGUGGCAGGCGGCGAGGUGGAGCUGGGCACGGGGCGGACGUGCGCCGUGCGCAGCGCCUGCCGCUACGACCUGCGCGGCGACCGCUGGACGGAGAUCGCGCCCAUGAAGGCCUGCCGGGAGCACUUUGUGCUGGGCGCGCUGGGCCAGUACCUGUACGCCGUGGGGGGCAGGAACGAGCUGCGGCAGGUGCUGCCCUCGGUGGAGCGCUACUGCCCCCGGAGGAACAAGUGGAGCACGGUGCAGUCUUUCGACCGCUCGCUGUCCUGCCACGCCGGCUGCGUGGCCGACGGCCUGCUCUGGGUGUCAGGUGGUGUGACAAACACCGCGCAGUACCAGAAUCGACUGAUGGUCUAUGACCCGGAACAGAACCAGUGGCGGUCCCGCAGCCCCAUGCUCCAGCGGCGGGUGUACCACGUGAUGGCGCCCGUGCGGCGCCGCCUCUACGUGCUCGGCGGCAACGACCUGGACUACAACAACGACCGCGUGCUGGUGCGCCACAUCGACUCGUACAGCGUGGACGCCGACCAGUGGACGCGCUGCUCCUUCAGCCUCCUCACAGGCCAAAACGAGUCGGGCGUGGCCGUGCACGACGACCGCAUCUACGUGGUCGGCGGGUACUCCAUUUGGACCAACGAGCCUCUGGCGUGCAUUCAGGUGCUUAACGUGAGCACGGAGGGGAAGGAGGAGGUGUUCUACGGACCCACGCUGCCUUUCGCCUCCAACGGCAUCGCCACCUGCUUCCUACCGGCUCCUUACUCCACCUGCCCCAACCUGCAGAUGCUGCAGGUGCCCCACCACAGGAUCGGGACGCUGUAGCCAGAGACAACACAUCCGUAGCGUCCCCCUCCAGAGAGAGGGCUGGUUUAAGUGGGCCCCACGCAGCCCACACAUACCAUUUCUGUAUAAUCAAGGGCUAUGGUUUAGGAAGCUGCCAUCAGGACCUCUUCCUGUGCUGGGAGUACUGGUUCGGGCUGCCUGGACGGGUUCAACACUUGAGUUGCCCCGACAUGAGACACCGCCGGAACCGACUUUGUUUGAUGUCCGCUGUCAAGGUGACGCGCCAGAGAUUUUGUUAAGGUGCUAUCCAAGAUACAAGAACAACUUGGCUCUGGUUAGGAGCCAUGCUGGUUUUCUGGGACCUUGGCUCCUGGCUGGCCAUGAACAACAGGACUGUUAUGUCUUCCGAGGAACUAACGGAAACAUCCCUGCGUGAGGUGAUUUAGGAAUUCAACUUUUUUUAUGAGAUAAACACUGGAUUUGAGCUUUUUUUUGCCACACUUGCAGUUAAACAGAGGCAAGUUCUACAUGUGAUUGCAAUGUUGUUGUUUUUUUAUAUUGCAUAGGGCUAAGGGAUGUUUCUGAAAUGAAAUGCUCCGCAUUGAUUCCGCCAUGCAUUGUACACAAGAUAUGCCCUCUCCAUCACUGACUUGGUUAUACACCUUGAAAAGGAUUAAGACAUCUUUAGGUCCUUGGAAUAAGGGGAGGUUGGACAAAAUAACACAUUAUCAAUAAGUCAUUCAUCUAGUUAAAGAUCAACAAAGGCACUUAAAAGGUGGAUUUUUAUGUUUUGUGAUUGACUUUAAAUUAUGAUUAAUUAAAUUGAAAGUCAUGGUUCUGACGGGACAUGCACAUAUAGAUCUGGUUAAGGACAGGAUAAGAAGGAUUUUAUUGAAUGGUACUGUAGUAAAACUGCUAAACUCUUAA